GAAUUCCCGCCUCUGGAGAGGGGAGGGUCGUAGAACUAGAAAAGAAGUUUUGUUGACUUGGUCCACUGAAUCUUAUUCAGAGGAGUUCUUGACGUGGUGUUGUUUUGUAUGUGUUAGCGUCUUAUUUAUCAUGGCUUGCUUGGUUGUAUAUGGUGUUGUGAGAAUUGGGGGGCUGUUUUAUGCUAGUUAAGCUCCGAUCAUGUGGAGCGCUCGAUGCGCACAUCAAACGUUCGACGAAAUGUCAGAACAGCCUGCAUCAUUCCCUGUCCAAUCAAGUCACACAAGUUUCUGUCUCUCGGCUAAGUUAUAGUCUCACUUGAAUAUGAAUCUGUGAGUUCAAAUAAAGACAAAUCUGAAAUGGCGCCAUGCAUGUACAAAAACUAGAUAUGGCUUCUUAUCUUCCUCUGUAGUUGUGAAAACUUGAAAUAGGGUGCCCAUCGUGAGUCAUGACCUUGACAUAUGUGGAAUAAACAUUUUUGGAAAACAAGAAUAUUUUUUAACAUAAUACGACCAAAAACUCGUGAUGUUAGUGAUGACAUUGCUGUGGGUAUACCUAGCACUUACAGUCAAGGACGGCACGCCGGAUAAGUGUCGUAUAUAGUUGCAAAAUCCAAAAGGCAGAAGACAAGGCAAUUGGUUGACCAGGACUAGGACGAAUUCAUGGCAUCUUCCUCUGUUGCUCAGUUGAUGAUCAGUUGCUCUGCUCAGAAGCCUUCACUCUCCACCAACUUUGAUCAUUUAAUUAAGAGUAGCAUUCCCUCCUCUACAUCACUUCUUUUUGUGAGAGAGUUGCAGAAAGUACUUCCAUUGCAAGUCGAAGUUCCCAAAAUCGUGAAAACAGCUUGUAUAACACUGGUGGAUGCCUUUGUUGAUUCAGUGUUUGAGUUUGUAGACCAGCCACUCCUCCCCUCUCAGAGUAACUUUGCACCAGUUGAUCAUGAACUCAAAGAAGCAGUAUUCAUCACUGCUGGGAACAUUGAAGGGAGGAUUCCAGAUGAUUUCAGGGCGGGUGUCUACGUUAGAAAUGUGACUGCAGGACCAAACCCUCUUUUUGGAGGGUUGAAAUCAACAAUUUCCAAGUUUGGAAGGUCAAGUCAUUCAUGGAUUGAGGGAGAAGGAAUCCUGCAUUCUUUGUACUUUAAUAAACACAGCAGUGAUGGGACCUGGACUAUCCUCUAUAAUAACAGAUACGUUGAAACUGAAACAUGCAAGCAAGAGAAACAAAGAAACAAGCCAUCUUUUCUUCCAGCCAUAGAAGGUGAUUCACCGGCUGUUGUGUCAGCGUACUUGCUUAAUUUGUUGAGAUUUGGGAAAGUGAACAAAGACUUGAGCAACACCAAUGUUUUUGAGCAUGCAGGGAAGUUCUACUCAAUUGCGGAAAAUUAUGUGCCUCAAAUGAUCGAUAUUUUUACACUAGAAACAUUAGGGGAUUGGACUAUAAAUGGUUCUUGGAAUCGGCCUUUUACCAGCCACCCCAAGAGAGCUCCGGUAUCUGGGGAAUUGGUUAUAAUGGGCGUUAACGCGACUAAGCCAUUUCUUGAAGUCGGUGUGAUUUCUACUGAUGGGAAUACUUUAGUCCAUAAAGUGGAUAUCAAACUUAAUAGGUGUACCCUUUGCCAUGAUAUAGGGGUUACAGAAAGGUAUAUUGUGAUCUUGGACUUCCCACUAUCCCUGGACAUAAACAGACUUGUGUCAGGAGGCCCUUUAAUAAAGUACAAUAAGGAAGGAUAUGCAAGGAUUGGGAUAAUGCCUCGCUAUGGUCACGCGGAAUCAGUCAAGUGGUUUGAUGUGGAACCAAAUUGCACAUUUCACAUUCUCAACUGUUUUGAGGACGAUGCUGAGGUAGUGGCGAGGGGAUGCAGAGCUCAUGGUUCACUUAUACCAGGACCUGACUUCGGUUUGAAUAAGUUAGAAUGGUUCUCGACAAGACUUAAGCCUAUAGAAUCUGGUGGUGUAGAAGAUGUAUCUGUCUUUUUUCGUGCUUAUGAAUGGAGGUUGAACGUGAAAACUGGAGAGGUCAAGGAGAGAUAUCUUACCAGUACUGAAUUCGCCAUGGAUUUUCCGAUCAUCAAUGGAGACUUCACUGGACUUAAAAAUAGAUAUGGCUACACUCAAGUUGUUGAUUCCAUUGGCAGCUGUGCGUCAUGAUUGCCAAAAUAUGGAGGCCUAGCAAAGCUAUACUUAGAAGAGCAGGAAACUGAAUCUGAAGGUCUCAUAAGGGUGGAGUAUCACCAUUUUGAAGAGCACACUUUUUGCUCUGGAGCUGCUUUUGUACCAAAAGAAGGAGGUACUGAAGAAGAUGAUGGUUGGAUUAUCACAUUUGUUCACAAUGUAGACACUAACAUAUCUCAGGCUUAUGUCAUUGACACAAAGAAGUGUACAUGUGAACCAGUUGCCAAGAUUACACUGCCUUGCAGGGUACCUUAUGGCUUUCACGGUGCUUUCAUGCCAAUACCUAAACAAAUUUCACAAGAGACAUCUUCAUGAGUGCUGAGUUGGUAAACCAGCUUCACAUCACUCCACGUCAACAAUCUCAAGAAAACACAAAAAUAUGAUAAUCUAGUGGUCUUUAGAAAGUGUGAUAGCUGAAUGAUGUAGUUGAGUGGAAGAUACUUAUUGAUAGCCAUUACUCUGGCUGCUAAGAAGGGUUAUGUAAUUUGUUUGUCUUGUCAAUAAUCAGAUAUCCAUAGAUUCCAACUGCUUCCAAAAAAUUUGUAACUCCCUCCACAGGGUCGUUUAUUUACACGAAAUUUGUUGGAGGAAGUUGGUCUUGAUGGAGUUGUGCUGGUCAUGUGGUGGAGGUUUAUGGGUUUAAAUUGAUGUGGGUGCCAGUUUAGAGGCAAUAAUUGCAGCAUUAUGGUGACGAGUCUUAUGACAUGGAGGAUGAGAAAUUCCAUGCUCGUAAUUGCUGGUCAGGAAUUGCUGGUGUUGUUUUUAAGACCUGUAUGAAGGGGAAUUGUAUCUAAAUUAUCCCUGUAGUUGGAAUUAUUCAAUCAAUUGGUUCCGAGGGGGAUCUUGCCCUGGGGAAAUACCGAAAUUAGAAGUCCAUAAGAAAAAAUUGUAUGGAAUCAUUCCGGUUAUCCAAAUAAAAAUUUGAAGGAAAUACCGAAA